AAAAUUCUUAAUUUUUCAGUUGUUGGAUGAUAUCAUACCGUUGGCUUAUAUGGAUUCUAAAUCAAAAGCCACUGUACAUGCAGUACGUGCAGCUGUAUUUACUGAGUAUGGUGGAAGUCCUCACGUUUUUAAAAGAGCUUGUAGCAGUGCAAAAAGAGCAUGUGAUUUAGAUCCUAAUACUUCGCAGUGGUUUUAUAUUUAUUCACUUGCUUUGACAACUCAAAGGCAAUUUUUACAAUCACAUAAAUCGACUCCAACAGAUAAUGAAAAAAAUGCUGUUCAGAAAGCAAUUAUGUUGUCUGAUGGAAAUAAUACUAUUUUCAAUUACCAUAGAAUGAUAUUAGAUAGAGAUACUGCGAUUCAAUAUUAUCAUGAUAAUAAAAAUAAUCAUGAUAAAUUUUGGAUUGAAAAAAAUCGCCAGGCAAAUGAAAUGAUUGUUAAAAUGAUCAAAACUAUUAUAAGCAUGGAACCAAAAGACCCUCUCUUGGUAGUUAAGUGUGCUAGAACAAUAAUGACACUUCCAAUUAUGGUUCGUGAUUUAAAUUUGGGAAAACAAUAUUUGACAAAAGCCUAUGAAAUGGCACCAAAUGAUGCAACUGUUUUAAAAGCUAUUGAAAAAACAGUUGAAGUUUAUAAAGAUAUAUCCAAAAAACAAAGAACUAGAACAACUGAAACUAAAAAUAAUUAUCCAGCAUCGAAGAAUAGAAAACCAAAAUUAGGAUCCGAUUUAGGAUUUAUCGUAAAAAAACAAAAAAAUGGAGAAGAUCCUAUUCCUUACCUUACUGAUUUAAUUUCUAAAUAUAAUGGACUCGAUAAAUCAAAAAUUAUAGCUCAGCUAUGUUCUUAUAUAAUAUUAUUCACAAACAACCUAAGAUCUGGCGUCGAAGAGUUUAUUAAGUUGAUAGAAAUACCAGGAAUGGCCAAUAAUUAUAUAAUAACGCAACAUUUUUCAUCAUUUGGUUCAAAAAAGUUUCACUUAGCAGAACUUAUUUGUAAUGAAAUAAGGUUGGCUACAAAUUCAAGUAGCACUGCUCCUGAUGAUAUGUUGUACUUUUUUAAAAUGUUAACUAAAAUCAUGGAAACUUGCAACUUACAGAUGAAAGAUGUUGAUUCAUCUUUGAAAGCCAAGCUAAUCAUUGAUUCUUCUGCUAAAUCUUUAUUGCCAAAUAAUACACCAUAUGAAAGUGGAACAGGUUCAUCAGAUAAUGAGAGCGAUGUUGAAAAAGUUUUUGUAAAACGCAGUACUAGAAGAUGUAAGUUUAAGCAAAAUAUUGAUCCUAAAGUAUUUUUCAAAAUGCCUGAAGCAAAUAAAGGAUCAAAUGGAAGAAAAGAUAAAUCUUCUGGUAAUCAUUUUCCCUCAAGAAAUUAUCAAAAUAAAAACCACCCCGCAAACACAACUGCAGCAAUUGAUGAAAUGAAUUUUAAAAUGGCCAAGUUUUUAAAUAUUUCUUCUGGUCAAGAAUCAAGAUAUUUUGAAAACUCUAAUAUUUUGACAACUGAAAACCUUAGAAAUGUACAAACACAAUCACAAGUAGAAGAAUAUACCCACCAGUUAUAUCAACAUAUUUCAGCAAAUAAUAAUACACAUCAACAUCAGAUAAAUAUACCGGGUACUUCAACAGGAUAUUAUGGUAGAUAUAAUACAGGUAAUCCUGCAUUUCCAAAUGUUAGUUCUAUGUCUGAAUAUUCUCAAUUUAAUAAUCAACUACCACCUUCAUUACUUUCUAUAAGACCUCAAAUUAAUCAACAGAACCCAAAACCUCGUUCGGAUAAGUCAAGACAAAAUAAAUGGACUACCAAAAAUAAAUAAAUUUACUGAUUUGUUAUUAUUUUUCUUUGAUUCAAUAAAAAUGUAAGCAGUUUUAAUAUGAUAGUAAUUUUAGUAAGUAAGAUAUUUUUUUUAUAAUUUUUUUCUUUUAAGAUUUUAAUUAAUAAACCUUUGUGUUUAUUAACAUAACUUAUUUAUCAAUAAGUUAUGUUAGCUUCUAUGUAUAGCUUAUUAUAAUAUCUCAUGUUAAUUAUUUUACUUCAAUAAGUUUAUUAUUUUUAAAGAGAAUGUUAAAGAGUGUAUCUUGAAGAGUUGUUUUAUUUUUAUAUAAUAAUUAAUCUUCUCUAAGGAUUAUUUACAAUUACAUUAUUUAUUUACUAUUUAAAAAAAUACUAAGCAACAUAAAGUUUUAUUCACUUUGUCUAAAAAUAUUAUUUUGUAUUUUAAUUAAUUUAGACUUUGUUUUUAGUGAUUUGUCAUUUGCUUUUUAAGCAUUUUGAUAUGUAGUAAAUUUCAAAUCACAUAUUAAUUUUAAAGUUUUCCCUUUAUCUAAUUUUUAAAUUUCUAUAUUAUUAUGAAAAUUCAAAUUAUAAUAUGUUAAAAUAUAUAAAAUAGGUUGGUACCUAAUAUUUUUUUAGUGUAAGCAAAAAAGUAUAAUUAACUGCCUUAGUUAAGAUUCAUUAUUAUUAAAG